UUGCAUCCUUGUUUGCAUUUGCCUAGCUAAUUAAUGCUCCACAUCAUCUGUCAGCCACUCUGAUCCAUCAUCUUCUUCGGAGCAAAAUCCAAGAAGAAGGGGAGAGAGAGAGAGAUGGAUCCUAGGUUGAGCUACUGUUGCUACCUCCAUGGCUGUCUCUGCGUGCUUGUGCUGCUGCUGUGUUCUUGGAGAGCAGCAGAUGCUCAGGCUCAGCAACCACCACCUCACACUGAUCCAACCGAAGCGGCGGCGCUGAACGCGAUGAUGGCGAGGCUGGGGCUGAGCGCGCCGCCGUCGUGGAACAUCAGCAGCGACCCGUGCAGCGGCGCCGCGACGGACGACACGCCGCUGGACGACAACCCGGCCUUCAACCCGGCCAUCAAGUGCGACUGCUCCGAUCACAACAACACGCUCUGCCACAUCACCAGACUGUAUGAAAAUCAACACGCUGGAUGUGGUCGGCCCGAUCCCAGAAGAGCUCAGGAACCUCACUCACCUCAUCAAGCUGGACUUCAGGAAGAAUUAUUUCACCGGGCCAUUACCAGCGUUCAUCGGAGAACUGACUGCUCUCAAGUACAUUGA